AUGGGAGUGCUCUGUGGAUUCAGAGAGACUUCUGAUCCUGGAGAAGAAACACCAGCAGGUAAUUAUUCAGAGCUGGAGUCUGAAUGUAGGUUUUUCCAAAUGCUUUUAUUCUUUUUGAGAUUAAAUUAGAUUCAACUUUUUCGUCAGUUUAGCACCUGACCAGAGGUGCUUCAUCAAGUACAGACAAGUACAGAGUGAUUAACAGAGUAACACUCUUUAAACCACUGCAGAGGUGUAGGAAGUUUGUCGGUUUAAAUAUAUGGAUUAAAGAAGGAUUAAAACUGUCAGUUCUAACACACUGAGACAGAUUCAGGCUCCUCUGAGGAACUUUUGGUUUGUGUGAGUUUUGCUGAUGGAUUCUAGUGAAAACUUAAAGUAGUUGAAGAUUCAGGGAUUCACAUGCACUCAUAUAUUUCUGUCUUUGCAGCUGAUCUACUCGGUCAUAAUCAUCCAUAAUGAAGACUGUCCAGCUCGUUGUCGUCCUCCUCAUUGUCUGCAUCAGCUGUUGUGAGUACGCAUUCAUGUUUUCAGCCUUCCUUUGAACCUCUUUAACAUAAAACAAACCACUGCAUGCGAAUAUUGGUAAAUCCUUGACAUGUUUAAGGGAUGAACACUCUGUUUUGUUUUGCAGCAGAGGCUCUGUGGUGUAACCGUUGUGUUCCUAUUAGAAUGGGUGGGUUAUGCAUCGACAGAGUGGAGGAGUGUGCAGAAGGUCUGGAUGUUUGUGUCCACGUAACCAUCACUUACCCCCGUAAGUAAUCUUAAAGUGCAGUAAUCAUACAUUAUUUUGCACAAUUUUGAGUUUGCAUGACUCAAACAUUUUUUAAAAGAGCUUCUUUAGAUCACUCCAUCCUGCAGCAGUCCUCAGUAGAUUUCAGUGCACCCUUUAAAAGUUGUUGUUUUGAAAGUCUGACAAAUAUCACUGAAAGUAUCCCCACAGAGUGGAGGAGGGUUUUGCUUUUUAUUCACUACUACCUGUUAAAUUGCUUUCAAAGUAACCAAACCCCACUGAAAAAACAGUAACUUUGCCUCACAGGAGUUGCUGGUCCACCUCUGACCUCACCUAGUUUGUCUGCAGUGCAGAGUGACUUCUGGAUCCUGGAAUAGGUCAUUGGAUUAAUUUUAAUAUCAAUGCAACACAAAUUUAAACAAAAAAGUAUCUGAUUGUGGGGUAAAACUCUGGUGCUCUGCAAAGUACAACUGCUGUUUUUGUGAAUGGAGUCUGGUAGCUUUGCAGAGAGUGAAACAAAGGUUAUUUAAUGCUCUCUUUCAUCAUCUGUAAUGAUGCCAGACACUUAAAAUCUCAAUCCGCGCCUGUCAGGGAUAAAACAAGGACUUUGAGUGAACACACAUUUUCAAUUGGAUUUGACUCAAACAGAAGUAAAAAUCCUUGAUUUCUUUGAAUUUGGUUUUUAAAAGCAUCAUUUGUGGAUAUUUUGCCUGAAUUAACAUGUUGCUCUUGUAGUUCCUUCAGCGAACUCAUACUUUAAGAGAUGCUCGAGGAGAUUUGUGGCCGACAACAUGAGGCGCAGCCAACACCUCACAGUCCAUAUCUGUGAAACUGACUUCUGCAACUGAGAUAACGUCUGCAAAAAAAAGCAUCAAAAUUGUAUCUUUAUUUAAAAAUGUGACUUACUGAGAGGACUGAAGAAAUGUGAUUCAGCUCCAUAUAAACUGCUUACCAAAUAAAAAAACUAAAUAUAAAGUUGGUGUCCUGCAGUUUUUUACUAAUUUAAAGUAAUAUAAUAGUUUUAUUGUGAUGUAUCCUGUUGUUUUAGUUACUUUGUUUGUCUGACUCCUCAGGUUACAGAAUCACUGAGAGGAAAGAAACAACAAUAGUCCAUGAGCCAGACCACUGAUUGCAAUAAAUCGGCAGGGCAAUUUCUAGUUUGUUUUUUUGAGUUGCUCCACAACCCUAAUUUUUAUGGUUUGGCAUGAUAACCUUUGCAGACUGGGAGCUUAGUGAUGGUUAUCAUGCAUAUAGGCAAAAUAUCCACAAAUGAUCCACAGAAUCCACAGAAUCUUUACUGCUGCAGUUUGAGUGGAAUCAGAGUCCUGUAGCAGAAAUACCUGAAUUCCGUUAUUAUGGGGCUUGUGGACUACUUGCCAAACCAUAAACUAGGGAUGUGGAGCAACUCAAAAAAAAAAAAAAACUAGAAAUUGCCCACCCGAUUUAUUGUGAUUGGUCAAUUUUGGGGUCUUGGCUCAUGGACUACAAAUGUGUUUUGUCUUUACCAAAUAAAAAUUAAUUAAAAAGAAUGAAUUUUCCUGCUAAAGUUCUUCAGUUUUUUUUUCUUCCAAAACUCACAUAAGAAUUGCUGAAAUCAUGAAGCCAGUGUACAAUGAAUGUCUGCAAAGGGGUCUGAAAACUAAAAAUGUCCUGCUUUUUUGGGCAGAGUUUAGGGUCCAAAACAUACCACAAUAUUCUAUGGUCUGUUAUUCUAAAUAAAGAAUCCUGACUGCAGCAUGACAGCAGUGGAUAAAGCUUGUAAAGUGCUGGGUGGAGGAGGCCUUAAAGCUUUGAAUUGUGUAAAGCUGGUAGAAAGACAACAUGAAGCCUGAGCAGAAUACCUUUGAACACAUGCAGCAGUGGUACACUGCAGCCUCUAGUGGCCAAAAUGAGAACUACAAUAACAGACAGGAAAAAAAAACAGCCUUAAUAAAGGGAGAGGUGUUUUUCACCUACUGAGUUUAUUUUUAAACUUUAGUCUGGAGUUUAACCUUUAUGUUCUGUUUGCAGCCUCUGGUGUAGAAGUAAACAGUUAUGCAACAUGUCAAAGAUGACUGAGCAACAAAGCAGAGUCAACUCUGAUGUUUGAUCACAGACGGGCUGUAAAAGGAGUAUGUGAAUGCUCUGUGAAUUCAGAGAGACUUCUAAUCCUGAAGAAGAAACACAAGCAGGUCAUUAUUCAGAGCUGGAGUAUGAAUGUAGGUUUUUCUAAAUGCUUUUAUUCCGUUUGAGAUUAAAUUAGAUUCAACUUUUUCGCCAUUACACAUGUACUGAAGCAGUUUAGCAUCCGACCAGAGGUGCUUCAUCAAGUACAGACAAGUACAGAGUGAUUAACAGAGUAACACUCUUUAAACCACUGCAGAGAUGUAGGAAGUUUUUCAAUUUAAAUAUAUGGAUUAAAGAAGGAUUAAAACUGUCAGUUCUAACACACUGAGACAGAUUCAGGCUCCUCUGGGGAACUUUUGGUUUGUGUGAGUUUUGCUGAUGGGGUUCUAGUGAAAAGCUGAAAAUGGUUGAAGAUUCAGGGAUUCACAUGCACUCAUAUAUUUCUGUCUUUGCAGCUGAUCUACUCGGUCAUAAUCAUCCAUAAUGAAGACUGUCCAGCUCGUUGUUGUCCUCCUCAUUGUCUGCAUCAGCUGUGGUGAGUACGCAUUCAUGUUUUCAGCUUUUCUUUAAACCCCAAGACCACUGCGUGCGAAUAACGGUAAAUCCUUGACAUGUUUUGUUCUGCAGCAGAGGCUCUGAAGUGUAACCGUUGUAUUCCUGUGAAAAUGGGUGGAUCAUGCACCAACACAGUGGAGGAGUGUGGAGAAGGUGAAGACCUUUGUAUCUACGUAUCCAUAUCAAACCCCAGUAAGUGAUCUCAAAUUGCAGUAAUUACACAUAAUUUUGCACAAUUUUGAGUUUGCAUGACUCAAACAUUUUUAAAAGAGCUUCUUUAGAUCAGUCCAUCCUGCUGCAGUCCUCAGUAGAUUUUGGCGCACUCUUUAAAAGUUGUUGUAUUAAGAGUCUGACAAACAUCAUUAAAAGGAUCUCUACAGAGAGGAGGAGGAUUUUGUUUUUAUUCACAACUACCUGUUUAAUCGCAUCCUCAAAGCAACCAAACCCCACUAAAUAAACAGUAACUUUGCCUCAGGGGAGUUACUGGUCAACCUCUGAGCUCACAUAGUUUAUCUGCACAUCUGAUCCUGGAUCUGGAUCCUGGAAUAGGUCAUUGGAUCUAUUUUAAUGUCAAUGCAACACAAAUUUAAACAAAAAAGUAGCUGUUUGAGGGGUAAAACUCUGGUGCUCUGCAAAGUACAACUGCUGCUUUUGUGAAUGGAGUCUGGUAGCUUUGAAGAGAGUGAAACAAAGGUUAUUUAAUGCUCUCUUUCAUCAUCUGUAAUGAUGUCAGACACUUAAAAUCUCAAUCCGAGCCUGUCAGGGAUAAAACAAGGACUUUGAGUGAACACACAUUUUCAAUUGGAUUUGACUCAAACAGAAGUAAAGAUCCUUAUUUUCUUUGAAUUUGGUUGUUAUAAGCAUCAUUUGUGGAUAUUUUGCCUGAAUUAACAUGUUGCUCUUGUAUUUCCUGCAGUGUACUCAUACUUUAAGAGAUGCUCGAGGAGAUUUGUGGCCGACAACAUGAGGCGCAGCCAUCUCCUCACAGUCCAAAUCUGUGAAACUGACCUCUGCAACUGAGAUUACGUCUGCUAAAAAAAGCAUUAAAGUUGUAUCUUUAUUUAAAAAUGUGACUUACUGAGAGGACUGAAGAAAUGUGAUUCAGCUCCAUAUAAUCUGCAUACCAAAUAAAAAAACUAAAUAUAAAGUUGGUGUCCUGCAGUUUUUUUACUAAUUUAAAGUAAUAUAAUAGUUUUAUUGUGAUGUAUCCUGUUGUUUUAGUUACUUUGUUUGUCUGACUCCUCAGGUUACAGAAUCACUGAGAGGAGAGAAACAACAAUAGUCCAUGAGCCAGACCACUGAUUGCAAUAAAUCAGGUGGGCAAUUUCUAGUUUGUUUUUUUGAGUUGCUCCACAACCCUAAUUUCUAUGGUUUGGCAUGAUAACCUUUGCAGACUGGGAGCUUAGUGAUGGUUAUCAUGCAUUUAAUCUACAGAGUCCUGUAGCAGAAAUACCUGAAUUCCGUUAUUAUGGGGCUUGUGGACUACUUGCCAAACCAUAAACUAGGGAUGUGGAGCAACUCAAAAAACAAACAAACUAGAAAUUGCCCACCCGAUUUAUUGUGAUUGGUCAAUUUUGGGGUCUUGGCUCAUGGACUACAAAUGUGUUUUCUCUUUACCAAAUAAAAAUUCAAUAAGAAGAAUGAAUUUUUCUACUAUAGUUCUUUAUUUUUUUCUCUUUCAAAACUCAUGUAACAAUUGCUGAAAUUAUAAAGCCACAGAACAGCGAAUGUCUUUAAAGGGGUCUGAAAACUAAAAAUGUCCUGCUUUUUUGGGCAGAGUUUGGGGUCCAAAACAGUCCACAAUAUUCUAUGGUCUGUUAUUGUAAACAGAGAAUCCUGACUGCAACAUUACAGCAGUGGAGAAAGCCUGUAGAGUGCUGGGUGGAGGAGGCCUUAAAGCUUUGAAUUGUGUAAAGCUGGUAGAAAGACAACAGAGCAGGGGUCCGUUUCACGUAGCAGGUUUAGUGGAAACUCUGAGUUUGUUAACCCUGAAAUCAGGGAAACUCUGAGUUUUCCGUUUCACAAAGGAGGGUUAGUUAAACCAGGGAGAGAGGGGUAACUCUAACCUGUUUCACAAAGAGAGGUAACUCAACCUCGCGGUCAUUAGAUUUUGGCUCACUCUUUAAAAGUUGUUGUAUUAAGAGUCUGACAAACAUCACUAAAAGGAUCUCUACAGAGAGGAGGAGGAUUUUGUUUUUUUUCACAACUACCUGUUAAAUCGCUCUUCAAAACAACCAAACACCACUAAAUAAACAGUAACUUUGCCUCGUGGAAGUUAUUGGUCAACCUCUGAGCUCACCUAGUUUAUUUGCACAUCAGAUCCUGGAUCUGGAUCCUGGAAUAGGUAAUUGGAUCUAUUUUGAUAUCAAUGCAACACAAAUUUAAACAAAAAAGUAGCUGUUUGAGGGGUAAAACUCUGGUGCUCUGCAAAGUAAAGUUGCUGUUUUUGUGAAUGGAGUCUGGUAGCUUUGCAGAGAGAGAAGUAAAGGUUAUUUGACGCUCUCUUUGAUUCCACUCAAACUGCAGAUGUAAGGAUAAUGUGGAUCAUUUGUGGAUAUUUUGCCAGAAUUAACAUGUUGCUCUUGUAUUUCCUGCAGCGUACUCAUACUUUAAGAGAUGCUGGAAGAGAUUGGAGGCACAGACCAUAAUUACCAGCAAAACUCUCACGGUCAAAGUCUGUGAUACUGACCUCUGCAACUGAGAUUAUCUUAUAGCGUCUGCAGAAAAAGCAUUAAAGUUGUAUCUUUAUUAUAAAAUGUGACUUACUGAGAGGACUAAAGAAAUGUAAAUCAGCUUCAUAUAAUGUGCAUACCAAAUUAAAAAAAACCUAAAUAUAAAGUUGGUGUCCUGCAGUUUUUUACUAUUUGUAUUUGUAUUUGUAUUUGUUUAUUUAGCACAGAUUAAAAACAGUGCAAGGAGGGAACGAAGCCGAUAGGCUUAUACAAAGUUCCACUCCCAUCAGGUCAGAGAAAACAUAAGGUGCAGACAACUAAGUACACAGACUGGAACACAGACAAAUCAGCAAACAGUGAUAAAGAAAAUAAAGUAUUUAUAAAAAGGAAAGAGAUAUGAUCAAAACAAAUAAUGAUGUAUUAAAGACAUGAUCAGAUGAUAUUUUAAUGAUAUUUUAAAGGAGUUAAAGGAUGAUAUUGAUUUUAGAGAUGCAUCAAGAUUAUUCCACAGUUUCUGACCUCUAAAAGUGAUGUUAGACUGAUGACUAGAAGUUCUACAUGAAGGUAACUGAAGAUGGCCAUUUUGUCGUGUUGAGUACGGAUAAAGGUCGGAUGAAAAGGUAAAAAAGUUUCGGAAAGUUUCAGGAAGGGCUUGUUUGUUAUUGAUGAAUUUGUGGACAUAUAAACAAGAGUGAAGGACAUUGAGUUUGUCAAUUGGUAAGAUGGAGUAUUUAGAAAAGAGAGGAGCAGAAGGUUCGUGUUUGCUGGAUCGUGAGAUCAUUCUUAUGAAUCUUUUCUGGAUUAUUAAUAUUUUCUUGAGGUAGGUUGAAUACGUUGCACACCAUACAAUGUUACAAUAGUUCAUGUACGGAAAUAGAAAGCUGUAAUACAAAGACAAAUGAGCAGAGGGAUUGAUCAGGGGACAGACCUUAUUAAUUAUACCGAGGCUCUUCAUUGACCUUUUGCAUACUUGGCUGACAUGAAUGUUCCACUUUAGACCCUCAUCGAUGACAACACCCAAAAAAGUGGUGCGGGGUACUUGAGGGAUUCCAGUACCAUUGAUUGAUAUAAAAAAACUAAAUAUAAAGUUGGUGUCCUGCAGUUUGUUUUUACUAAUUUACAGUAAUAAAAUAGUUUUAUUGUGAUGUAUCCUGUUGUUUUAGUUACUUUGUUUGUCUGACUCCUCAGGUUACAGAUUCACUGAGAGGAAAGUAAGAACAAAUAUGUUAACUCUCUACCAAAUAAAAAUUCAUUAAAAAGAAUGAAUUUUCCUGCUAAAGUUCUUCAGUGUUUUUUUUCUUCCAAAACUCAUGUAAGAAUUGCUGAAAUCAUGAAGCCAGUGUACAAUGAAUGUCUGCAAAGGGGCAUGAAAACUAAAAAUGUCCUGCUUUUUUGGGCAGAGUUUGGGGUCCAAAACAUUCCACAAUAUUCUAUGGUCUGUUAUUGUAAACAAAGAAUCCUGACUGCAGCAUGAAAGCAGUGGAGAAAGCUUGUAGAGUGCUGGGUGGAGGAGGCCUUAAAGCUUUGAAUUGUGUAAAGCUGGUAGAAAGACAACAUGAAGCCUGAGCAGAAUACCUUUGAACACAUGCAGCAGUGGUACACUGCAGCCUCUAGUGGCCAAAAUGAGAACUACAACAACAGACAGGAAAAAAAACAGCCUAAAUAAAGAGAGAGGUGUUUUUCACCUACUGAGUUUAUGUUUAAACUUUAUGUUGUGUUUGCAGCCUCUUGUGUAGAUGUACACAGUUGUGUAACAUGUAAAGAUGACUGAGCAACAAAGCAGAGUCAACUCUGAUGUUUGAUCACAGACAGGCUAUAAAAGGAGUAUGUGAAUUCUCUGUGGAUUCAGAGAGACUUCUAAUCCUAAAGAAGAAACACCAGCAGGUAAAUAUUCAGAGCUGGAGAAUAAAUGUAGGUUUUUCUAAAUGCUUUUAUUCCGUUUGAGAUUAAAUUAGAUUCAACUUUUUCGUCAGUUUAGCACCUGACCAGAGGUGCUUCAUCAAGUACAGACAAGUACAGAGUGAUUAACAGAGUAACACUCUGAGGUGUAGGAAGUUUGUCGGUUUAAAUAUAUGGAUUAAAGAAGGAUUUAAACUGUCAGUUCUAACACACUGAGACAAAUUCAGGCUCCUCUGAGGAACUUUUGGUUUGUGUGAGUUUUGCUGAUGGAUUCUAGUGAAAACUUAAAGUAGUUGAAGAUUCAGGGAUUCACAUGCACUCGUACAUUUCUGUCUUUGCAGCUGAUCUACUUGGUCAUAAUCAUCCAUAAUGAAGACUGUCCAGCUCGUUGUUGUCCUCCUCAUUGUCUGCAUCAGCUGUGAUGAGUACGUGUUCAUGUUUUCUGCCUUUCUUUGAACCUCUUUAACAUAAAACAAACCACUGCAUGCGAAUAUUGGUAAAUCCUUGACAUGUUUAAGGGAUGAACACUCUGUUUUGUUUUGCAGCAGAGGCUCUGUGGUGUAACCGUUGUGUUCCUAUUAUGAUGGGUGGAUUAUGCAUCGACAGAGUGGAGGAGUGUGCAAAAGGUCUGGAUGUUUGUGUCCACGUAAUCAUCACUUGCCCCAGUAAGUAAUCUUAAAGUGCAGUAAUCAUACAUUAUUUUGCACAAUUUUGAGUUUGCAUGACUCAAACAUUUUUUAAAGAGCUUUUUUCGAUCACUCCAUCCUGCAGCAGUCCUCAGUAGAUUUCAGUGCACCCUUUAAAUGUUGUUGUUUUGAAAGUCUGACAAACAUCACUGAAAGGAUCCCUACAGAGUGGAGGAGGGUUUUGCUUUUUAUUCACUACUACCUGUUAAAUUGCUUUUCAAAGUAACCAAACCCCACUGAAAAAACAGUAACUUUGCCUCGCAGGAGUUGCUGGUUCACCUCUGACCUCACUUAGUUUAUCUGCAGUGCAGAGUGACUUCUGGAUCCUGGAAUAGGUCACUGGAUCUAUUUUUAUAUCAAUGCAACACAAAUUUAAGGACAAGUAUCUGAUCGUGGGGUAAAACUCUGGUGCUCUGCAAAGUACAACUGCUGUUUUUGUGAAUGGAGUCUGGUAGCUUUGCAGAGAGUGAAACAAAGGUUAUUUAAUGCUCUCUUUCAUCAUCUGUAAUGAUGUCAGACACUUAAAAUCUCAAUCCGAGCCUGUCAGGGAUAAAACAAGGACUUUGAGUGAACACACAUUUUGAAUUGGAUUUGACUCAAACAGAAGUAAAAAUCCUUGAUUUCUUUGAAUUUGUUUUUUAAAAGCAUCAUUUGUGGAUAUUUUGCCUGAAUUAACAUGUUGCUCUUGUAGAUCCUUCAUCGAACUCAUACUUUAAGAGAUGCUCGAGGAGAUUUGUGGCCGACAACAUGAGGCGCAGCCAACACCUCACAGUCCAUAUCUGUGAAACUGACUUCUGCAACUGA